UCCAGCAGAUCUCAGAGAGGCUCCCAACAGCAGGUGAGAAGCCUCGGUGCCCCUCCAGCCAAGCACCUGCUCUGCCCAGGGCCGCCCGCCGUGGAGCCAGCCGGGAUGUUCGGGCUCUGGAGAACCGUCAACAAUGUGCUCUUCUACCUCACCCUGGCCGUGGGCCUCGCAGGCCUGCUGGGCAACGGGCUGGUCCUCUGGCACCUGGGCCUGCACAUCAAGAAAGGCCCCUUGUCCCUGUACCUGCUCCACCUGGCGGCCGCCGACUUCCUGUUCCUUGGCUGCCAGGUGGGCCUCUCCGCUGCGCAGGCCGCCCUGGGUGCCCAGGACAGCCUCUACUUUGUGGUCCCCUUCCUGGGCUUCUCCGCGGGCCUCUGGCUGCUGGCGGCCUUCAGCGCCGAGCGCUGUCUCUCCCACCUCUUCCCGGCCUGCUACCGGGGCCGCCGUCCCAGGCACACCUCCGCCGUGGUCUGCGGCCUCAUCUGGGCCCUGACGCCGCCCGCCGUGCUGCUGCCAGCACACGCCUGCGGCCUGCUGGGGGGCCGCGCGCGCCCGGGCACCUGCCUGCGGUACCACGCGGCCAGCGUCACGUGGCUGCUGUCCCUGGUGUGUGGGGCCUGCGGGGCCGGCCUGGUGCUCUUCGUCUGGGGGGGCUGCUGCUCCCAGCGCCCGCGGCCCCAGUUCUUCGGGGUCACGGUGGGCUCCGCGCUCCUGCUCCUGCUCUGCGGCCUGCCCCUGGUCUUCUGCUGGAGCCUGCGGCCGCUGCUCGGCUUCCUGCUGCCACUCUUCGUCCCGCUGGCCACGCUGCUGGCCUGCAUCCACGGCAGCGCCAAGCCACUCUUCCACUUCAUGGCCGGCCGCCAGCCGGGCCCCCCGCAGCCUCUGCGGGCCGUGCUCCAGCGGGCCCUGGGGGAGCAGGCCCCGCUGGAGGCCGGGGGGCUGUCCCUGCCCAUGGGCCUCCUGUAGCUAGCUGCCAGCCAGGGCGGACCCUUCCCCGGGGACCCCGCGGCACCCCGGCUCACCAGCCCAGGGGACCCCAGGCUGAGGACAGGGCCAGACCAGGGUUCCUGACCCCUGCAGCCCCCGGAGCCUGAGGAGGUCCAGGAGCCCGGGGUUGGGGAAGGACUCAGGGGCGCGGAGCAGCGCAUCCCCAGGCAGGGCCCCCCCCCCCCCCGCCCACCCCGCUCUGGCCUCCUCCCCACCCUGCCCCAGCUCAGGCCGCAGGCGCCGAGGCGCACCUGGAAAAGCAGGACUGACAGGUGGCCCCAGGGCCCAGAGCGGGGCUGGACGGACGGGAGCGCAGGGGAUGGCGGUGCCCACGCGCUUGACUCUUCCUCCGCGAGAGGGGCGUAGAACCCGGCCGCGCCCCCGCCCCCCCAGCCCCGGCACCCCAGCAGUUCCUCGCCGGCCGCCAGACAGCGCUGCAUCCUCACCAAGUGCGGCUCGCGGAGCGGUGGCGGGGGCUCGCUGCAGGGGGCUGGCACAGCCGCGGGGGAGCGGGGCUCGCUG